UACAGAUGGAUGUAAUUUGAUCAGGCUUUCCCGCUAAAUUGUGAUGGGAGUGUUAGUGGAAAGGGAAAAGAAGGGAGGACAUUAAGGAAUGAGGAAAUGAGAAAGAAGACAGGAGACAAAAUUAAGAGGAAAGAAAGAGUAGGGUAAAAGUGACUGACAAAAGGAGAUAAAAUACAAGCAUCGAUAGGGAUUGGGGUGUAGGAUGGGAAGGAGGGUUGAGGUGCAAGAAGAGAAAUGGACAAUCAGAAAGACGGAGCAACAGGAGAGAUGAGGCAGGUGAGUUAAAGAGACACAAUAAAAGGCAGAUGUUAAAACGAAAACUGAAAAUGAGAGUUAGUGAAGGGCAGACAUAGAGGAGUCAGACACGUACAUACCGAGAAGGGGUGAUGAAGGACCAAAGGAGGAUGCAAAGAACGCAUGAGGGAAGGCUGAGCAAGGAUAAGGAGAACAGCUGGAGCGCGCGCAUGUGAGGGGGAAGGAGAGACCAGUGUGGUGCAGCCAGAUGUGUGGCUGCAGCCCCAGCUCCGGGGGAGAGAGGAGCGCUGGUUGCAGAAGGACUUCAGCUCCCCCUCUGGCCUCUCACUCUGACUUGGCAAGCCCGGCUGGUAGCGUUUGCUCUCUGCUGUGCUCUGUCCUAAGCUGCCGAGUGGCUGGACUUGCAUCUCCAAGCCUAGGCUUCUGAAGCCAUCCCAGAGUCAGUCCGCAUCCUGCACCAGGAAGACUCGCCUAGGAGAGGGCAAGAAGACCACCGCCCAGAGGGAGGAGCACCCACCGCCCCACCAGACGAGGAUGGGGCAGGCUGAGAGGCAUCCCUCGUUCUGCGUUUAACGUUGAAGACUCCGGGGACUCUUUCUAUUUGGGGGAGGGAGUGUCUGCUGCGAGUUUUAGCCAGGAUGAAAAACAAAUAGAAAGGGGAAGGAAAAACCUCCAGAGAUGUUUUAGCCUAGCGGAUGCUCCAAGGGUUGAGAGGUGGAUGUGCUCCCUGUGUGUUUACUCUGCAGGUCCCUGGGGCUGUUGGUCCCCUCUCUGGCCGGAGUAUGGGAGCCGAAGCUCGGUGGAAGCUGCUGUCACUUCAUCCCAAGAGCCAACGGGGAUAAAGAGAUCUAGCCCGAGCUCGGAACCCAUGGACUGUGGAUUUACAUAGUGAUUCCCUUUGAUGUUGAAUGCAGACGCUCUCCCUCCCUCCCCCCCAUUCCCCUUUGGGAUGCAGUAGGUGAUGCCCAGUUCUACUGCAAUGGCAAUUGGAGCUCUCUCAAGUUCCCUCCUGGUAACAUGCUGUCUAAUGGUUGCCCUCUGUAGCCCAACCAUACCUCUGGAAAAACUGGCCAAGACUCAGGACAAACAGGAGAUUAAAACCAAUCAAGAGAAGAGAGACCACGCAGCCCGGGACACUCAGAGCCAGACAGGCCCAGGGAAAAUGAAUGAAAUCACUAGGAAUGGGCGGGAGGAGGGCAGCUCCAGGGAUGGGAAGAGCAAAGGAAGCCGGAAUUAUUCCAGCAAAGAGUCUUGGAGCAAACAGAAACAGACUUGGAAUAGCCAAGGGAUGAGCAGUAAGCCUGGAAAUUUGCAAGCCCAAGAGCCAGAGGAGAGUGUUCAGGAAGAAGCUCUGGCUGCAGAAGAUGCGUCUCUUUCCGAAGCCUUGGCUACCCCGGAACCCCCGGAGGAGUAUGCUUAUCCAGACUACCGAGGGAAGGGCUGUGUGGAUGAGAGUGGCUUUGUUUAUGCUAUCGGAGAGAAGUUUACUCCUGGUCCCUCAGCCUGCCCUUGCCUUUGCACUGAGGAGGGACCUCUGUGCAUUCAGCCUGAGUGCCCAAGACUCCACCCUCGAUGCAUCCAUGUAGAUACCAGCCAGUGUUGUCCUCAGUGCAAAGAGAGGAAGAACUAUUGUGAGUUCCGGGGGAAGACGUACCAAACUCUAGAAGAGUUCAUGGUCUCUCCCUGCGAGAAAUGCCACUGUGAAGCCAACGGUGAAGUACUGUGCACAGUGUCAGCUUGUCCUCAGACUGAAUGUGUGGACCCUGUGUAUGAGCCAGAUCAGUGUUGUCCCAUCUGCAAAAAUGGCCCAAACUGUUUUGCAGAAACUACUGUCAUCCCUGCUGGAAGAGAAGUGAAGACAGAUGAGUGCACUAUUUGUCACUGUACUUAUGAAGAAGGCACUUGGAGAAUUGAACGGCAAGCGAUGUGUACUAGACAUGAAUGCAAGCAAAUGUAGAAAAUCUACAAAUUCAAGUACUCUAAUGUUUUGGAGUUUGAUAUUUGUUUUGUUUUGUUUUGU